GCGUCGCGCAGCCUCCAAGGCCCCCGCACCCUCCCACGCAUACCCGCACAAUCACGCCCAUCACCACCCAUCGCCCCCAUCCUCCAAUGCCUCCGCACCCCACAAGCCUCGUCCGCCAGCGAACGGCUCCUCCAACCCUCCAGUCGCCAAAAACAACAAGAUAUGGAGCACCAGCACCACCGAGGAGCGCGAGCGCAUCAAGGAGUUCUGGCUCGGCCUCGGCGAGGACGAGCGCCGCAACCUUGUCAAAAUCGAGAAGGAGGCCGUCCUCAAGAAGAUGAAGGAGCAGCAGAAGCACUCGUGCUCCUGUGCAGUCUGUGGUCGCAAGCGGAAUGCAAUAGAGGAAGAGCUCGAGGUACUGUACGAUGCUUAUUACGAGGAGCUAGAACAGUACGCGAAUUACCAGCAGCGCUACAUCUCCUCCGGCGGCACCCUCCCUCCUCCCCAGGGUCCUGGGCCCUUCCCAGGCAGCGUCGAGCUCGAUAAGAACGGCGCCGUCAUCAACCCCCUCGCCCCCCCUCAUGCUGCUCCCCGCGCAAAAGGCGCCGUCAUGACUAAUGGUCGCAAACCCGUCAAGCCUCCCGAGAGCGAGUUUGACGAGGACGACGCCGAAGAGGAGGAGUAUGAGGAAGAGGAGGACUACGAGGAGGACGAGGAGGAGGAAGACGAGGAGGAUGAGGAAGACGACGCGGAUGGCGAAGACGACGAGGACGUCAAGCCGCAGCCCGAUCGGAGGAUGCCUAGUCGCCGGCGAGCAACAGCGAAUGGCACCAAGGCAAACGGACGGGACGGUCUUGGUGGCUUCGGCACCAACCUCACCGUUGCAGGUGCAGGUAACAUCCUCACUGUCGCCGACGAUCUGCUCAAGAACGACGGGCAGAAGUUCCUCGAGAUGAUGGAGCAGCUCGCGGAACGGCGGAUGCAGCGCGAGGAGGAGGCCGCUGCAGACGUCGAGGAUGACAGUGAGGAUGACGAGGACGAUGAAGGUGACGAGGAUGAGGAUGAGGAUGAUGAGGACGACGAAGAUGAGGAAGAGGAGGCCAUGACGGAGGAGCAGAAGAUGGAGGAGGGCAAGCGGAUGUUCUCCAUCUUUGCCGCGCGGAUGUUCGAGCAGCGGGUCCUCCAGGCAUACCGGGAGAAGGUCGCACAAGAGAGGCAAUUGCAGCUCUUACGGGAACUCGAGGAUGAGGACAAGAUCAACAAGGAAAAGGAGGUCAAGAAGCAGACGCAGAACCACAAGAAGAAGGAAAAGGAGCGGUAA